UUAAAGGGUGUAUCUAUGAUGACCAUUUCUAAGGUGGACAACUGGGAGAUAAGCUCUUCUUCUGGGAUGAAAUACAGUCAGUAUGUAGACUGGGAAAAGAUCGACCCAGAAGCGGCCAUCUGUUAUAGGAAGAUCCUCUCAAGUGAUCAUUAUGAACUCAAAGCAAUGGGCCGUACAGGAUUCUGGUCCAUGCCUCAUACUCUCAGAUCCAAGGCUUACCAGCACAUCAUCCACAGCAUCGAGAGCACAUCCACCUCCGCUGAUGUGGACACCUACCAUGGCUUAGUUGGGAAGAUUUUUGGGGAAUUUCAAACAAGCACGCACCCUUUCCCAAAGUUUAUGGAGAAUGGGGAAAUUCCCAGAUACUGCCUUAAUAAAGCAGGUCUGAAUGCAGUUAAAAGAAUUCUCAUUUGUAUAAACCACCAUUUUCCUGAUGUCAGCUUCUGUCCCAUUCUGUCCGCUCUGGUGUCGCUACUCUUACACUUCAGUGAGGAUGAAGCACAGUGUUUCCACAGUAUUAGUUCCCUGCUGUCCUACACAGACCCUUUAAAGCAUUAUAUUGACCGGACUUUCCUCACUUCACAUGCCUCAUGCAUGAUCUUUGGCGACCUUGCCAAUAAAUACUGCAGGGGAAUCUGGAAGCUAAUAGCCAGCUCUCACCAGAACCUAUUUGAGUUCUACUCUGACUGGAUCAUGUGGAUCUUCGCAGAUCUACCUUUCGCAUACGCCAUCAGAGUGCUGGAUGUCUAUCUAAUGGAGGGCUACAAAGUUUUAUACCGUGUAGCUCUUGCUCUACUCAGUCUUUACAAGGUCUCCAUGUCUUCACGAGUUCCCCAUGUCGAUGACUUCAGACAGGACAUGAAGAAUUUUGUGCAGAAUGUGGGACGGCACAGUACUAUUGACUCUCUAUUUCAGAGGGCUUUUAGUAUACAGUUGCCCACACGCAAAGAGCUGACUUAUCUCUUCAAUGCCAACAAGGACGCACUAAUUCAUAAGGACAUCCACAAUAAGAGCUCAUUCCAAGAUAUGGGUUUCCGGGCCUUCAGCUCCUCUGUAGUGACUGAAACAGAGAUGAGGGUGGUCUGGGCCUGGAUUCCAGAGCGAUUUGCUUUAUUCAGUCCUGUGCAGCUAUUCGCUACAAAUGUUCAUGGCAGAAGUCUCUCCUCGUUUUAUUCCAGAGUUGAGGGGCAAGAUCCAACUGUUUUACUGUUGAAAACUGCAGAUGAGGAGAUUUGUGGGGCUUUCUUGUCCUCUGACUGGGCUCAGAAGAAUUGUGAUGAAAAGGGAUUUAAGUUCUUUGGCACAGGAGAGUGUUUUGUUUUCACUCUUCGACCAGGAGUGGAACGGUAUCAGCGUACAGUGCUGCAGAUCUCUGGGAUGUCUGACAAAUGUUCUCUGAUGAGCACUCAUGUGGACAGACCCACUGGAGUCUCUCAGAAUCAAAGGUGCAAGUUUGCAUCAUUCUGCACAGAUCCAAACAUCAAAUUCAUGGCAGGAGAUGAUGAGACACUUUUUAUUGGUGGUGAUGGUGGGCACGCUCUGCAUCUGCAGGCUGACCUGUCAGCUGGCUGUUCUGAACACUGUGAUACGUUUGAGAGUCCACCUCUCUGCAGGGGAUGCUUCAAGAUCCAGUCUCUAGAGGUGUGGGGAAUCCAGCACUCUUUAUCUGUUCCAUCGCUUCUUUCACAGUGAAGACUGUGGAGGAAAUGUGUUCACUGUCCACAUAUAUCGAGGGUCACACUGCCAAAUAUCAUUAAGCAUCGAGCCAAAGCUAAGGACAUUAAAGCAGUUUUUUGACUGCUGUAGGACUACAUUGUUGUGCUACUGCAUU